GAUUAGAGGUCGUGGGUCAGAAAGAAGGUAUGCUUCUGCUGAUAUUUAUUUUGUCUUGGUGGCUUCUGGUAAUGGUACUGUCAGUCAGCUCGCCUAAGUGGACGUUGGAGGAUACGUUUAUUGCGCCUGUCCCGUAUUGCGACCUGCGCAAUAUCACAACUAACGACAGUGGACUACUACCGGGUACCUGUUCGAAUGCUUGUUUUCUGGACAAUAGCUCAUCCUUUUUGGACUAUGCGAGCAGUCUUAUUGAAGAAAACCAGGCCGAAUACUAUUGCAGAGACAGUACCGACUCGGGUUACAUUUCGAUAUCGAAUGUCACACGUACACCCGCAGAGAGCUGUCCCUUUGACGGUGAAUACGUUUCCUCGGUUCGUCCGGAUGUGACUGGACCUAGCGUAGAGGGAUCGCACUUUGCCAUCAGUUCACUGUACUCGAGCUUUGGCUUUGAUAUCUACAUGACGAUUAAUCGGAAAAUGGUUAAUAAUGGGACGGGGACUUCUAAUUCCGAUACGGUCAGUGGUAGUACCGCACUUUCCAGCGGAGAUAAUGAGACGGAGGUGUGGGAUGGGCAGCCGUACACGCUGAAUUUUACCUACUUGGCGAACAUGCUGGGUACGCGAGUACGGAGCGGUCAAGAACAAUCGCUGCAACUCUUCGACUUGGAAAGUUCGGUCAACACGUUCUGUCCGGGUGUGGGGGAAGAGUGCCGCAUCAAGCUAUUGAAUGUGUCAACAAUGUUGGAUGACAUCUGCAUGGCGGUGAUGAACUUCGACCCGCUAAUAUUCCAGAUUGGAUACCGCGACGGGUUCUCACCCACACAGCCCAGUCUUCUGGUCCAUGACAUAGGCACUGGGGAAAGCUCGUACUGGUCAAGCAAUUCCUACGGCGGAGAUGUCAUUAAUGAUGUACAGUUGAUCAUGCACGGACCUUCCGUACACUUCUUCUCUGUCAUGGCCUGGCUCCACUUU